AGCAAAGUUGCAGAUGUUGCGUGUAUCAGCUGUUUUUGGGGAUGAGUAGAAGAAACGGGCGCGUACCAUGCUGGUGCUAGUUCAGGAUGGUUCCUAUCGUUAACCCGUUCCAAGCCGGACUACGACUGUGGCACCGCGCUGCCGGUUGCCGCAGCCCUUUGGCUGCACCUGCCCUUUCACGUGCUCGCUGGACGAACCAUAAUCUGAUCUGUGACAACCGAUCGAAUCGUACGCCUCCCUGGCACAUCAGUGAACACCGAACGUUCUCCACGACGACCGUUAUCUGUAGGAAAAUGCUAGCGAAGCUGACCGAUGCCGAGCGUGCGGAGAAGCUGCAGCCGCUGCUGGACAACGGCGGAUGGGCGAUGGUGGAAAAGCGCGACGCCAUCUACAAGGAGUACCUGUUUGCCGAUUUCAACCAGGCCUGGGCGUUCAUGAGUGCGGUUGCACUGAAGGCGGAACAGAUGAACCACCAUCCCGAGUGGUUCAACGUGUACAACAAGGUGCAGGUAACGCUGGCGACGCACGAUUGUGGCGGGCUCAGCGAACGCGAUGUGCGGUUGGCCAGCUUCAUGGACAGCAAAGUUCCCAGCAAGUAAAGUGGCUCGAUGUGAAACGUUACCCUCAUCUAACCUGGCAGCUCGAAUAAAUCAAAAGCACUUUUUUUCUCGCGGCAGCGUGAAACUCAUGA